ACUGAAGAAUCUCCUGCCGUCUACCCUUGACCUCUACGUGCGGUCAUCGACUCUACUCACUGACUUGGUUUUUCUUUUCUUGUGGAACAGAAGAGGGGGCCUCCUUUGUGGUACCAUUAAACCCUUACAUAUAAGACAGGAUAUAAAAGACAGGCAACGUGUAGUGAGCAAGAGCGAUAAGAGGCAGCAGGAUAUGGCGGCCAUAAUGUACACGUUCGCAGUUUGCACGGCGAUGGUGUGUCUGUGUUCAGGACAGUCCAUUUCUCAGACUGCAGCAAGGCUGGAGGAACCUCAUCAAACCUUGGACGAGGUGCGGUCUCCCCUCCACGACCUCUCGGUCAAUGCGGGCAGACAGCAAGCACGGCUGGACACAAGCUACAUGCCCGCUGUGGAAGCAGGCCAAUCGGUGGACAACAACGAUGCUCAACUUGACCAGGCAAAGGACGACAUGAAGACGGAUGAAUUCAGUUUCUGGAGAUAUCGUCCUUACUAUGGGCGACGUUGGGGAUGGGGUUGGAAUGGUUAUCCUAGUUGGGGCUGGAAUGGUUAUAGGGGUUGGGGUGGUUACGGCUAUGGAAGAAGUUUUCCUUAUUAUGGUUACUACUGGUAAUUUAUUGUGGAAGUGAAAGAUUUCAAGACAGGAGACUGCAUCUGAACGCUUGAAAAGAAUCUGGAAUUGAAAUUAAGAGGAAUUUUCUAAAAAAU